ACCAGGUGUUAGCUGUCUUUGGUCAUAGGUUCUUCAUUCUGUGAUUCCGUGUUAGUUGUGUUUGUACCGGUGUUCUCACAUUUCCGAUUUGAAAAUGUUGAUUAAAGUUAAGACGUUGACAGGGAAAGAGAUAGAAAUUGAUAUCGAACCAACAGACAAAGUUGAACGCAUCAAAGAAAGAGUUGAAGAAAAGGAGGGGAUCCCACCCCAGCAGCAGCGCCUAAUAUUUUCUGGAAAACAAAUGAAUGACGAGAAGACUGCUCAAGACUACAAAGUGCAAGGUGGCUCAGUGUUACAUUUAGUGUUAGCUCUGAGAGGUGGAAUUGGAACUGUAUAAUGACAUUAAAAAACAUUCUGUGUUUGUUACAUUAACAUUUAUAAUGAUAAUUGCUACAGUACAUCCAACAACAUUUUCUGUAUGCUUGGCACCAAUGAUGUUUGUUCAUUAAUAUACAUUAGUUGCAUUUA